AUGGACACUGGCAAUGGCGACCGCCGUAGGAGUAGGAGCAAGACGGUCUCUGGACCACGUCCGGACACCCCCGACAAGGACAGCAUCAACGAUGAUGCCCAGAGCAGCAUUCCCACAGACGACGAUUUGGUGGAAACGACGAUGAAGUUCCCAUGGUCUUCGCCUUCGGCACCCGCAACACCCACCGGCACUACAUCCUCGCCCCCCAAGCAGCACAGUGGGCAUAAGCGCAGCGUGAGCGGCAACAUCUUAGCCAAAUUGAACUUUUUGAGGAACGCAAGCGAAGACGCCAGACCACCUUCUCGAGGGGACAGGUCGAAGGGCCAGGGAAAAGAGGCCCCGACGCAGACAAGUCCGAAUAGCGUAAAGAGUCGCAAAAGCAUCGACGACGAUGGAGCGCCGAGCUCGCCCGUCUCGCCUGGCAAAGGCGAGAAAGGCGAGAGCGCCAUGGCAGCCGCUUUGAAACCCAGCAAGACUAGGAAGCGCAAGGGAUCAUUGCGGAAGGCGGCUCUGCUGGGUGGGAGGAAAUUGAUGACUGAAGGGCGGGAACGGAAGAAUAGUUUUCUUCAGCGGAGCCCAAGUCUCAAAAGUCCAGUGCUACAGGUCUUUCCCAUAUCAAAUGCGAAAGUAGUGGGAGGUUCAGGUAGCAGUGGCCAGUUAGUCUUCGUACCCGAUGACCAGGACGGGGACAGUGCAAGCUUGCGCAGCAAGUUCAGCUAUGAGAAUCUUCAAGCUGCAAGUUCUACCGACAGCGGCUGGUCGUCGCCCUCUGCCGCGGUGUCUGCUGCGCGUCUGUCUCUCGUGACAGAACACCGCGAGCAGCAAACCCUGAACAACACACCUGGCGGCUUGAACAUUUCCAACGCGGGUCUGGCUAGUCCCGUCAAUUUGAAGAGCAAACCUAGCUACGCCAGCACAACAGACGAUGACGAUAUCCUCACGUUCAACGCUCGACCCGCGACGUCUAGUGGAGGACGUCAACGCGGCGAUAGUCUAAAGCAGACGAUAUCUUCUGCCCCUGGAAGCUACUUCCCGCCCAUACUGGUCCAGAAUAGCUCGACCGACAAUCUUGCCCGCCGUCUCAGUGCGAGGAAGACAUCUCCACUCUCGCACAACAUCCAACUUGUGACUGAACCAGAACCGCACGACUAUACUGAGACAGAGUACUGGGGAUGGGUCAUUCUACUCGUUACAUGGGUAACCUUUGCUGUGGGAAUGGGAAGCUGUUUGGAUAUCUGGAGCUGGGCAUGGGAUGUUGGUGAAACUCCGUACGCGCCUCCGGAGCUGGAAGAUGAUCCCACCUUGCCGAUUGUUGGCUACUAUCCCGCAUUGAUUGUAUUAACGGGUGUAGUGGCGUGGGUGUGGAUCACGAUUGCCUGGCUGGGGAUGAAGUACUUCCGACACGCUCGAGUCGAUGUUUGA